UGGAAGUCCUGGAUGUCGGAGUCGCUGAGAGGGAUGACAGCCUGGAACCCUUGGCCCCUAGCUCGUUGGAUCCCCGCAGGCAGGCCAGGAACUCAGAGUCUUGGACCUUGGGGCAAAGCCGGGCAGAAGAGAACUGCAAUUCCCAGGAGAAGUCUGGGCAGAGGCCUGGGCUGUGCAAGGGCCGGCUGCCCCAGAGCCUACUGGGAGUUGUAGUGUGCAGAGCCACUCCAGCCAAGACUGUGGCUGUAGGUGUGGGACAGAACGCCAUGGCUGGCGUGGGCUUCGAGGAGUUCUCGGCGCCGCCGGGCUCGGAGCUGGCGCUGCCUCCGCUCUUCGGCGGCCACAUCUUGGAGUCGGAGCUGGAGACCGAGGUGGAGUUCGUCGGGGGAGCCCUGGGCGGACCGGGGCUCCGUGAGCGAGAGGAGGAGGAGGAGGCGGCCCGGGGCCGACGGCGCCGCCAGCGAGAGCUGAGUCGCCGCAAGUACCAAGCGCUGGGCCGGCGCUGCCGGGAGAUCGAACAGGUGAAUGAGAGAGUCUUGAACAGACUUCACCAGGUACAGAGAAUCACAAGAAGACUCAGGCAAGAGCGAAGGUUUCUUAUGCGACUCCUAGAUUCCUAUGGAGAUGACUACCGGAAGAGCCAGUUCACCAUUGUCCUGGAGGAUGAGGGCAGUCAAGGCCCUGAUGCGCCCACCCCAGGAAAUGCAGAGAACGAGCCCCCAGAAAAGGAAAGCCUGUCCCCUCCCCCUCGGCGGCCCCCUGAGCCCAGUAGUCCCCCACCUGGGGAAGGCCCCAGCGGAAGAAAAAGACGGAGGGCACCCAGGGAUGGACGCCGAGGUGGGGCACUGCUAACUCCAGAGCUAGGCCCGGGCCAGAUCAAAGUGGAGGAUGACUUUGGCUUUGAGCCAGAUGAGGCCCUCACCACAGGAUGGGCAGCUCGAACCCCAGACAAACUGCUUUCCUACCCCACUUUGGCCAGCCCUCCCUUUGAUAUAACUCCCCAAUAAAGCUUUGCCUCCCCUC